GGGAGAAAAAAGAAAGCUUGCCGUGUUCUCGAUACCGAUCACUCGAAGAUAAGGAAGGCGCGAGCAAAAGAAAAACAAGGGUCAUCAUUCCCCCCCGCGGAGAACAUGGUGCACAUCCCGGACCUGGCGCUGGCGGCCGCGGCCGUCGCGGCGGCGGUGGGCGGCGGCAUGGCGCAGCCGCAGCCGGUGCCCGAGGGCUACCGCGCCGUCUACAUAACGUCGAUGCAGAACGCCCGGUUUGUGGUGCAGCCCAAGACGCUGUCGGUUGGGAGCACGUUGGUCGUCCAGCCGCUCAGCAACAAGACGGAGCAGCAGUGGUACAUCAAGGCCGGCGUGACCAGGAUCCAGCUGGCCGAGACGAACUGGUGCAUGGACGCCGGGGCCAAGGGCAACUGGAAGGACAUGGCAAACAUCAACCUCCGCGAGUGCUCGACGACCGAGGUUGGCCAGGUGUGGAACGCCAUGGCGGAUGGCAGGAUCGCGGUUGACGCGUCGCCGAAGCCACAACAAUGCAUCGAUCUCCAGUUCCUCAGGGCCACGGCCGGGAAUCCGGUCGGUCUCUACUCCUGUGCCGGUCUCGGGAACACGGGGGCCAGAGACGCGGGAAUUAACUGGCCCUUGGUCAACGUUACCAAGCCGUCGUGGAUUCUUUAGCUGUCGAUCCGCAGGGGACGGGAGGCUGGCAAAGAAGAUAUGGGCCAAGCCGCUGAUGUCCCUUCUUUUUUUUUUCUUCUUUUAUGUUUCCUUUGGCUUGUGGGUCAUCCUCACUUGGGAGAUGGAGGCAAAUCGGGUUGCUCUGGCGCUGCGGCUCGGGCUGCAGCUCCCAUUUGCUCUCGCCUAGCGGCACUGGCAGGUUGUGGCAUUCGUCCUGCUGGCUUGGCGGGUUUGUAUACGGGGGCUUGUGUCGACGAAUGAGCGAUUGCCAGCACUCUGGCCCGCGGCUACUCCAUGGGCAGGGCGCUUGCUUAGGAGAAGAUAAGUGCUAAGGCAAACUUGAGCUGGUAUGAUGGUGGGAUAGGCGCGCAUAUAUCCGCCGAGCGUGAACAUGUACCCCACGAGCUAGGAUCUGCACAACGCUGAUAUAUUAUACAAUAGGGAGUUUCCCCUAGCGCAAUCCCGAACCUGAAUUUCUGCCCAUUGGUAUCUACCAGAGCUCGCCU